GCCGGACGCGCCGUAGCGUCUCUACAGACUUCCGGCGGCUACAUCUCUUCGCCUGUAGACAUCCGUUACCGCGCGUAUGUACAAAACUCCGUACGUCUCUUCCGUGGCGCGGUACGUGCAGACCUCGUAUUUGAAAGGAGUCAACUUUACCGUAUUGUGCGACCUUCUUAUUUACCUUGUUGGUUACCGCAUCUACAUUAUUACCACACCAUCGUGUGCUCUUCGUCUCUUCGUCCAAGUGUGCAGACAGUGCGUGCGUCGAUGGAAAAAUGCGCGUGAACUGCAAUCUGCUUCUCCGCCUCGAGCAUCUGCUGUGUCGUCGUUGGCGGAAUAAUUAGCCCCGGCGCUCGACCUCUCGUCGCUUUGCAUUCGAAUGCGAAAGCCGCAGCGGCGAAGAGGCUGCUGCUGCGAGAAGAGAUUCUCAGGCUCGACAUCGCAGCCGUGUCAUCAUAGCAGGCCGAUGCAUCAGUCAGCCCAGGGCGCCUGCAUCCGUGUCAAUUGUCGAUAGCCGAUGUGCGGCGCGACUUAUAACGCCGCCGGGGAGGAGCACAAAGCCCGAGCACCGAGCUCUGUUUGGAUGAGAAAGCGAGUAUGCCGAACAGGCUCAACGUGUCGCAUGGAUAAUGAAGCUGAUGAAGACGAUCGCCGGGCCUUUCAAUCGACGCCAGCUCAAGAGACCGCCGACGCUGCUGACUUUGCUCCUGCUCAUCGACUGCUGCCUCGCCGCUCCGCGAGCCCUUACCACAGUCCUGUUACAAGGCCCGGUGUCCGCAGUGCCGCCGCCAGAGGGCCGGACGAGGAGCCGCGCGAACCCGCAAGCGAACGUGGAGCCGGAGCUGAUGGAGGACGAGCCGGAGCCGAGUUUCGAGCAGACGGCCGCGAACGUCAGCGCCUUCGAGGGUCAACGCGUCUACCUGCCCUGCCGCGUCCACAAUCUCGGCGACAAAGUCGUAUCCUGGAUGAGGAGCCGUGACCUGCACAUCCUGACGUCUGGCCAGUACACUUUCAGCUCGGACGAGCGUUUCCAGCCCCAGCACUUGGCUGGCAGCGAUGCCUGGACUCUGCAACUCGAUCAGGUCAAAAAGUCUGACGCCGGCCGAUACGAGUGUCAGGUCAACACCGAGCCGAAGAUGAUGUACGCCGUUCAGCUGAUCGUUCGAGAUCCCAACAAGCCGGACGGAUACGACGAGCCGCAUUCUCAACAGACUCGAAUAAGCUACGAGAGCACGGCUCCGGUCGCCGCCAUAAUGGGACCUCGCGAGCAAAGAGUCCCAGCUGGCUCGACGAUCAGCUUGAAGUGCGUCAUAACUUCGCCGUACCAGACGAGGCCCAUCAAGGGUGUCCAAUGGUUCCGGGACAACAGAUUGCUUACAUUCCAGGCUGCCAGAGGCGGCAUCAACGUGGAGACCGUGACGGGCACCGCGCAAACCUUUACCGAGGCUACCCUGGCUAACCUCACCUGGAGGGACACUGGCAAAUACUCCUGCCGACCUACCGAGGGAAAGUCGGAUACCAUCGCGCUUUACGUCGAGGACGGGGAGCACUCGGAAGCAAUGCAACGCGACGCUGUUUACGCCGCUUCCGCCGCCGCGGUACGCAGCGCUGAGCUGAUAUCCUUGUUUACCACCUUCUUAAACAUCUUUCUUUGCUCGAGCAUCCGAAAACUUGCAGUAUUCUGUUGACGUCCACGGGCUCCGAACUUCUCUCGGUCGCUCCUGCAGCACUGCAGCGCCUAUGAUGUACACAAACUAUCUCUCGCUCUCCUGCCGCACCGUGUACUUAUUUCCCGAUAUAAUGCGUCCCUCCUUCCGCGGAUGAAAGGCCUGUAUUGAUUAUCGGUUCGCGAAACUUUUGUAUAGUACGUUGCGCUCGAUUUCAAAUUAUUGCGAGUGUUCGUAAAUUAUUAAAUUUAAAAUCUAACGACGCAUCGUACAGGAGAAGAUUUAAAAAAUAGUACGACACGACGUGGCGCGUAUUUAUGAAUUUGUACAGAUUCGGAACUAUGUAUGCGAAGGAUUAGGUUAAUGAAGUUAUACGCAUAUCCAGCGAGACUUCCAAGUCAAGAGUAUUUUAUUGUAACAACGUACUUUAUUUUUGGUACAAAAGAUGGAAAUUUAUUUAUAAGUCAUUCUAACGAAAGGAUAACGCAAUUCUUAUUUAAACGUAGCACACGCUGCAAUAUUACUAUUAUGAUAUAAUUGCAUUGCAUAACGAUAUAACUUUAUUGGAGAAAAUUAAUCUUGGGCUUAUCCGGUGGUGAAUUUAAAAUCUAGUUUUCUUUUUACAUCUAUGUAGUAAUAGAAUACGAGCUUACAGCGCGAGAAUGUAACACUGAAGUAUAAGUACGCAUUAAAAGUAUAAUAUAUAUAUAUUGAAUUGUUCUUAUUCCCUCUCUCUUUCUCACUCUCGAUCGAUGAACCAGUGUAAUCGAGACAAUCGAAUCGUAAACAAACGAUCUGAAAACUAUGUAUAAAACUCGGAGUUUUUUCUACUCGUAUAAUCCAAGUAUAAUUUAAAUUUAUUGCAAUUUGUCAUUCUAUUUUGAAUCUUAGUUUAGCUGCGUAAAUCAAGCAAUGAAUCGAAAGUAUUCAUUGCUUACUAUAUGUGAGCGCAAUGAUGUCAAUGUUUUACAAUGUUGUAUAAGCAAGAUGAAGUCAUACGAGAGCGCGAUUGCGAUGCAUGCAUUGAUUAAGAUUCUGCUUUGAAUACGAAAAUCAUAAAAAAUGCAAUUUCAUUAUGCCGAAGCGAAAUCAAAUGUGUCAAUUUCCGAAUGGUAUAUGAUGUAUUGUUAUAUAAAAUGUUGUAGAAAUUAUUUUGGCACCGUUAUAUUCGUGUUACGUAUAUUAAUAAACUGCUUAUUACGCGGUUAACGAGUAUAACAAAAUGUGCGUGUAUAUAUGGAUAAUAAAAGCCAUUCUAAUUAUAUAAGUCUCAAA